UCAAACUCUGAUCAAUUGUAAGUUUUCUAUCUUAAUGUAUAUAUUUUUUGUCAUUUUUUCAAUAUAUUUUAAUGUAUAUUAUUGUAUCUAUCAUAGGGAAAUUAUAGUUGAAAGUGAGUCUAGUUUUCUACGAUGGUCCGACUUCCGUUAUCUUGGACCUAAAACGGAGUUGGAGACUGAGAUUGUUACUAUGGUUUCUUCAUUCUUGACCGAGGAUGAGAGGUUGAAGAAGGGUAAAGAGUGUCAAAAUUGGUAUCUUCCUGCUCGAAAUAUGAAAUACUUACUACCUAACUCCUACUCCAAUUUACCACUACAUCAAAUUUGGAGGAAAAUGCAUUACUACGAAAGAUUUAUGGGCUCCCUCGAACAUUGCAAUGAAGUAUAAUUUUAAUGGUUUAUGUUGAAUAUAUUUUUAAGCAUCUAUUUAUUAUGUAAUUUCUAACAACAAUUAUACUUGUAGAUUUAUAUUCCUAUGUUGCUUGUAAGAUACUUCAUUCUUGCACGGGUGAUACUUAAAAAAAAAAAUAGAAGUUUGGGACUCACUUGCCGAUGAAAAGAAUCCUAUAUUACAAUCAUCUAAGAUUGUUGAUAUUGUAAGUUUUUAUUGGUUGAAUAUAUUACUUUUUUAUAAAUUUUAAAUUUAUAAAUUAUGAUGUUAGAGUGCAAAUGCAGCUACGCAAUCUAGAUUUGUUCUUGGAGAAUCAGAUCAAAAGGAAACCUUGUAGUUUCAACUUUGCUAGUUUUGGUAUAGUUCAUGGAAGAAAUGUCCCUAGACAACAAAAUUUGUACGAUUGUAGAGUCUUUGUCAUAUUAUUUAUGAUGAAUAGUUGUAAGCUCGACUCGUGGUCU